AUGAAUUACCUUCAAAGAUUACAAUUGGAUUUAACUCGAAUGCCGACAAAUGAUCAUGUCGAAAUUCCUCGAAUUCAUUUUACAGAAUUUUAUGAAGAUGGUCUUAGAGGACUAGUCAAAGUCUUGGAAUUAUCUAUGAGGACUGAUAAUGCGGUAUUACUUUCGAGGAAUUUGUGGAUUAUACAACUUUUUGGAAGUAGUUGGGCCAACACCCAUAUACUCCUCGCAGAUUUGUACAUUAAGCAUGAUCUCUAG